CCUUCUCAGUUAUACUCAGCUGAGCUCACACCUCCUGUCAACAUGACCUAUGGCUGCUCCUCUGGAAACUUCUCCUCCCGCUCCGUUGGAGGCUACCUGCAGUACCCAGGCUCCUCCUGUGGCUCUUCCUACCCCAGCAACCUGGUCUACCGCACCGAUCUCUGGUCUCCCACCAACUAUCAGCUGGGCUCCUCUCUCUCCAGACGCUAUCAGGAGACCUGCUGUGAGCCCAUCAGCUGCCAGAGGCCCUGUGUGGUGUCCAGGCCCUGCCAGACGUCCUGCUACUGGCCCAGGGUCUCCACGCUCUGCAGUCCCUGCCAGAUUACUUACUCUGGAUCUCUGGGCUUCGGGUCCAGCAGCUGCCGCUCCCUGGGGUAUGGGUCAAGGAGCUGCUACUCACUGGGCUGUGGCUCCAGUGGCUUCAGACCUCUGGAUUAUGGAAUUCAUGUCUUUCCUUCCCUUGGUUAUGGAUCUGGGUUCUGCCUCCCAUCUUUCUUAACUUCUAGAACCCUCCAGUCUUCUUGUUACCGACCAACCUGUGGCUCUGGCUUCUAUGGAAUCACUUGUUAA